ACUUCCGUCUACAGAAAGCGUAGCUUAAGAAGUGAUCUGGUAACCUACGGGAGUUCAGGCCACAGUUAAAUAUCCGUAACAGGUUUCAAGAAGCUGCAAGAAGAAAAACCUGUGAUUAGAUGUAACCGGUAUAUAUGCUCAGAUGCGUCGCCUACGUGUAGGGCGUAUUUAUCCAAAAACUGCUUCGAAAAUCCGCUUAUGUGCUUCUCUCUCCACUUCCACUUUCCAAAGAGCAAUAUUUCACACGGCAUUUAACCUUCUUCUCGUCACAGGAACCAUGGCAACCCAGGAUCAACAACAACAUACGGAAGCGAAGCCCCCGGUCCCGAAUGACCUUCUGCAGUUAACGAAAAGCAUGGCGGGAUUCACACGUGACCUGUACGAUCAGAUCAGCAAGCAGAACCCUGAUGAGAAUCUGUUCUUUUCCCCGUUCAGCAUCGCCACUGCCUUGGGGAUGACUUUAGCAGGAGCUAAAGGAAACACUGCUAGUCAGAUGAUAGAGGCUCUAAAGUUUACACAAGAGAGCGACGCCUUGCACGCUGCCUUCCAGAAACUAUUUGGGGAAAUUAAAACCACGAACGCCGCAUACACCCUUAGCACAGCUAACAAUAUGUUCGUCGACCAGAAAUUCAAAGUGUUGGACGAAUAUUUGAAGGUGAUCCAGUCGUCAUUCAAAUCCCAUGUCACAAACGUCAAUUUCGCCCAGGAUUCCGAAGGUUCCCGUUCAACCAUAAAUACAUGGGUAGACAAGGAAACCAAUUCAAAAAUCCAAGAUUUGAUUCCAUCAGGGGUGCUGACGGCGCAGACCGUCAUAGUUUUGGUCAAUGCAAUAUACUUCAAAGGAAAUUGGGCCAGGAAAUUUUCGUCGGACGUCACGCAUUCGAAACCAUUCCAGUUGAAGAACGACAAGAAAAUUCAAGUGGACAUGAUGUACCAAAAGGCCAAAUUUCCCUUAGGCCGACUCACUGAGCUAGAUUGUCAAAUCCUGGAGCUACCGUACGUUGAGCAUGACCUGAGCAUGUUCAUUUUGCUUCCAAGGAGAGCAAACGGCCUGACGCGUCUGGAAGAGUCUCUCACACCAGCAAUACUUCAGUCAGUCCGGAGCUUCGUCUCCGAACAAACCGUUGAAGUCCAUCUUCCGAAAUUUAAACUGGAAGAAGGCGCGGAGCUUUCGGGCAUCCUACAGCAGCUUUGGAUAAAGGACCUGUUCGCGGAAGGUGUGGCGGACUUGUCAGGUAUAGAUGGCACGAAUGACCUGUACGUCUCUAAUGUCGUCCACAAAGCUUUCAUCGAAGUGAACGAAGAGGGCACCGAAGCUGCAGCAGCCACAGGCGUUGUGAUGACCCGCAGGGCCGCCAUGAUACCGCAGCACUUCAACGCGGACCAUCCAUUUCUGUUUUUUAUCUUGCACAAUAGGACUGGCGCGAUUUUGUUCAUUGGACGCCUUUCUCAACCGCAAGAGUCAAGGAAAGCUAAAGAUGAACUAUGACGGCGAUUGAGGAAUUUUUAAGUGCAUCACAUACAUUACAUACUGCUUGACUGGCUUGAAACGUGUGGAAUUUUUUGAGCUCUUACGGACAGUUCUAAAUCGUGAUUUACAUACUGCGAUGAUAUCCUAAGUAUGGCAUGUCUUCAAGUCAUUCUAGGAUUAUAUUGGAUAAGGUCCCUGGGCAAAGCUUACUAGUAAAUUGGGGAAGGGCUAGGUCACAUCAAGACUUCAAGUUUGUGACUUCUUGGAAACUUAGUGCAACGUAUAUUUAUGCUCCUAAAUGACUAAUGCCCUGCAAAAGGCACGUUGCUGUAGCAGGUGCAAAACCGUUAUACACGAAUGCUGCAUUUCUAGAAUAAUAAAACAUUUCGCAGUGGAGCCAUUUUGUCUUUGAUUCCAUCUGCACUGUAAGAA